CCCCGUCAUCAUGAGUGCAAUGGACACUGAUGAGCUUCCCGUCGUCCUCCCGCCUACGCAUACCUCUGGUCUUUCGCUAUCUCUCCAUCCCCUGCCCAUCUUGAACAUCUCUGAGCAUCUGACGCGUCUGAGACUGCAGACAAACUCCAGCCUACCGUUUGCACUUGGAGCUCUGCUUGGUACUCAGAACGGACGCGAGGUUGAAAUUGUCAACACAUUUGAACUAGCAGUGGGUGAAGAUGGUGCCACAGUCGACCAGGCAUUUCUGAUAGACCGCAAAGAACAAUACAAACAGGUAUUUCCCUCGCUCGAAUUCAUCGGGUGGUAUACCGUAGCAUCGCGGCCCACAGCACAGCAUAUCGCUCUCCAUGAACAAUUUACAGCAUAUAGCUCCACACCACUCUUGCUUCUCCUACAGCCAUCGACUGUAUUUGCCGCCUCUUCAGACUUGACUGCGCAAACACUUCCUAUCAAGGCCUAUGAGCCUACCAUCGAGAUACGCGACCGCAAAACCCGGUCAGUCUUCAUUGAGGCGCCUUUCACGGUGGAGACAGGUGAGGCGGAACGUAUCGCGGUAGAUUGGGCAGCAAAGGGUGGCGAGGGAGACAACAGUUUGGAGUCGCAUUUGAAUUCACAGCGAGCUGCUGUUAAGAUGCUGCAUGACAGAAUCAUGCUGCUUGCGAAAUAUGUCACCGAUGUACUAGCAGAUCAGGCCGUGAAAGAUCAUGCAACGCUGCGCUCCAUUUCUGCUCUCAUCGCGUCACUACCAGCCAGUGAGCACAGAGACUUCCGAGACGAGUUCGAUACCGAAUAUGAGGAUGUCCAAUUGACUGCAUACCUCGCCACGCUCACCAAGUCUGCGAGCGUUCUCAACGAUCUGGUCGACAAGCAUCUUGUGCUUACCGCAACACGCGAGGAUCGUGGUCCCAGUGCUCCUCGGAGGCGCGGCAUGGGCGGCAUGGGUAUGGGCAUGGGUAUGAUGAGUAUGGGCGUGAUGGGCAUGAUGGGGAGACACGGAGAUUGGGACCGCUUCCACUGAGCGUGUCCAGCGUCCUGGACUACAAAUUCUCCCUCGUCCCUGUCCCGUCCAUUCGGAGUGUCUUACGGAACAUCAAUUCGCUGUGCAUCGCUGUAUUCCUGUAUCUGCAUUCCCAAUACUUGCUGUAGUACUAGAUAACGUCCCCC